GUUUGGGACGCGCAGUGUGUCGAUGGAAACGGGCCCAAACUCUUUUUGUUUGCAUGUAACUCCACGUGAGGAGUCUUACGUAAAGCCAUUUUCGACCAAUCGGCUCCCGGUGACUGGGGCCGGAAGUUGUAAGUCAUUGGUAUUUUGGUGAAGGCGACAGAGUCGAGCAGCUUUUCGCACAGGCUGCGGAACACAGCGACCACUGCGCAGUUUCAGUCCAGGUGUAUCUGUCGUUACAAUUGAGAAAUGAAGCACAACUCGAACGUCCCGGCUUUCCUCACCAAGCUGUGGACGCUGGUGGAGGAUGCGGACACCAAUGAAUUCAUUUGCUGGAGUCAGGAGGGCAACAGCUUCCUAGUAUUGGACGAGCAGCGCUUUGCCAAGGAGAUCCUCCCCAAGUUCUUCAAGCACAACAACAUGGCCAGUUUCAUCAGGCAGCUGAAUAUGUAUGGAUUCCGUAAAGUCAUGCACAUUGACACAGGCAUUGUGAAACAGGAGAGAGACGGUCCAGUGGAGUUUCAGCACCCCUACUUCAAACAUGGACAGGACGACCUGCUGGAGAACAUCAAGAGGAAGGUUUCUAACGCUCGGCCAGAGGACAAUAAGAUUCGACAGGAAGACCUGACCAAGAUCUUGGCGAGUGUUCACAGUGUUCACAGCAAACAGGAGAACAUUGAUGCCAGGCUGGCAACACUCAAGAGGGAGAAUGAAGCUCUGUGGAGGGAGAUCUCGGAUCUGAGACAGAAACAUGCCCACCAGCAACAGCUCAUCAAAAAGCUGAUACAUUUCAUCGUCACAUUGGUACAGAACAACCGCAUCCUGAAUUUAAAACGCAAAAGGCCAAUUCUUAUGAACAGCAAUGGAAAGAAGCCCAAAUACAUUCAUCAGAUCUAUGAUGACAAAGUGUGUGUGGAACAGUCGUCUGUCAACAGUCUGAGUGGCGUGAAGGGCUCUGAGAUAUCAGAUGACGUAAUCAUCUGUGACUUGACUGAGAAUGAUGGCGAGGUGACGGCUGAGAUCACUGAAGGGUCCCCCAGGGCCUAUGAUCAAGGUGAUGUAGAAAUCGUGGAAGUAGAGCUGGACAGCUGUGCAGUGCUGCCAGCUGAGACGGAGGUGAGCACCACCUGCACAGAUGACAUCAAACAGACAGAGGCAGCAGCAGAUGACAGCCAGAGGAGCAGCACUGUAGACAGCAGUGGACCAACCAGCAGCGCCCUGCAGCUCAAUAAAACCUCAGGCCUGAGUCUGGAGGACCCUGUCAAGAUGAUGGACUCCAUACUGAAUGAGAACGGAGCAAUAUCGCAGAACAUCAACCUGCUGGGCAAGGUGGAGCUGAUGGACUACCUGGACAGUAUUGACUGCAGUCUGGAGGAUUUCCAGGCCAUGCUUUAUGGAAAACAGUUUGGCAUUGAUUUCGAUGCCACAGAGGAGACUGUGUCCUCCAAAGAAAACACCGCACAGCUAAACAGAAGCAGGACAGAGGGAGACAACACAGAUAAGCAAUUGAUCCAGUACACCUCCUGCCCCCUGCUGGCCUUCCUUGAUGGCUGUAACCCUCCCCCAGAGCUGGACCUGGGCGGCAUCAGCACUGGCUCCUCCAACACCCACCUCCAGCCCUCUUCCAGCUCUGGUGCCUCUGUGGAGUCUGAGCCGCCCUCAGAGCUACUGGACACCAGCCUGGAGUCAAAGCAGCCGGCCCGCAGCUCCCUGAUCCGCCUGGAGCCCCUGACCGAGGCAGAGGCCAGCGAGGAGACGCUCUUCUACCUGUGUGAACUGAGCCCUGCUGGACUAGAGGCUGACUCCACCCAGCUGGACAGAGUGUGAGCAGGAAGGGAGCUGGCUUGAAAGUGAUGCCACUAACACUGAUUUUGGUUCACCGCAGACUGCAUCCCGCCAUCCUUCAAAUAAUACUGACAUUGUGUGUUAAUAUUCCUUCACCUCUCUGGCCUGUGGUGUGUGUUUAUUUGUUGAGAAGCGGUAACAGAAGUGAAGAAAGCACCGGGCUGGUGGAAGAAUAGCUGCGCUUUGUACCAUUUACACAUUUUUACAUGUAAGACUUUUGCAUUGAGUUUGAGAAACAUUUCACAUUUCACAUUUUCAUCAAAUACAAUAACAAUAGUUAAACGCUGUCGGGCAGGUUAAUAACUCUUUGACCCUCAUAGAUGCAAUUUGUGAGAAAAAUUACCUCCCUUCUUCUCACUCAUAACUCAGUGAAGACAACACACACGUCCAUUAAGAAUAAAUGUCUAUAAACCUUGUGGAGAAGAGUCUCCUCAUAUCUUCAGAUUUGUCCUCACAAUCAUCAGAUUUAAUUUUUCUUCUGCAUCAACACUGAUCCAGCUGUUGUCUGUACAUCCAUGGUUACAUCAGGACUGGUUAACAACACUAGCUCCUGUUUACAUCACCCAAAGCAUGAUGGGAAUUGUAGGACCAAAACACAACAUUCUAAUCCCAAAUGGAAAUAAGUGAAGCAGCAGAGUGACACAGCCCAUUAAAAUAGCUUUGUUCUACACAGUAGAUUUUUCUGACAUUACUAAGGGUCGGUUCAUGGUCUCUCUCAACUGGCUCGUAAGACAUGCUGUCCUACCACUUUGGAA